CCUCCGGGGUUCGACGAGGGGACCCCAGCCCCGCAUACAGCCACGCAGCGGGGGCAAAAGGCAUGGCAGGUGAGCAGUGCCAAGCUAGGGGCUGAGGCGCGGCGACAUUUCCCAAACCAUUCGUUCGGGCUGAAUCGCCCAGUGCCACGAAAUUCUUAUUUCACCGUUUCUUUUCUAGCUAUAACAACGACUAGUUGAGGCUUGUGCCUCUCCCAGCUCCUCUGCCGGCUCUCUUAGUUGCAGGUGCACAGCCUGAAAGACUGAGUUUGGGAAGGGAGACUGGGGAGAAGAGACACGAGGUUAGUGGAAAAAACAGGCUGGUGAACGCAAAAAAUUAAAAUAAAAUUUAAAAAAAAGUCAGUCCAGCACCAAAGAGUGGAAGAAAAAUCAAUAGGAAUAUUUAAUAUCCAUAAUUGACACCACAAAGCGCUCCCCCAGCCCACCCCACCUUCCUCGGGGUCCGGUGGCAGAGGAGCGGCGCGGAGCUGCGGGCAGAGGAGCCCCGUUCCCAGCGCCGGGGAUGCGAGCGUGUGUUGUGUUGGUAUAAUAUCAAUUCAUUUAAAAUAUGAAAGUCAAGUCGCGUAGACUGUGACAGCAACCGUAACAAAAGGUGCAAGCAACAGACAAUGUGAUGUGCUUGUACAGAUAUUGUAAUGAUGCAAAUGAAGCGGAGGGGACGAGCUGCCUUAUUAUGUACAUAAAUACACAGUGGCUCGCCGUGCCAUCCUUGAAUGCAGGAGAGUGAGAGAGAGAAGGGGAGGGAAAGAAGGGAGAGAGGAAAAGAGAGGGAGGGAGGGAGGAAGGGAAGGGGGGAAGGAGGGAGGCAAAAAAAAAAAAAGGGCUCAGCUCGAGAAGUGCCGCCAGUUCGAAGCAGAGCGCUCCUCGGGCAGCCCCUCCGCCGGCUGCGCGCACCCACGGGCGGGGGAGGACCGGCGGCCGGAGCCCCCUCCCCAGCCCGCAGGGGAGAGCGGGCGCUCCGCAGGCAGCGGGCGGCGAUCCGCGGCGGGAGGCAGGCAAGGUGCUGCCCCGCCAUCCGCCCGCGGACAGAGGGACGCGUUGACUCCGGGGCCCACCCUGCAUCCUCCCCAGGGCGAUCUUCGGACACCCGACGGCUUUCUCCUAAACAAUCGCCCGUCUGCUAAACACCCCCGGUACCUCCGCCUGCCGACCCCGACCGCCGCUCGCCGCUGCCCCGCGGGUGGGCGGGAGGGGAGGCCCGAGGCCAUGGAGGUGGCCACGGACCAGCCUCGCUGGAUGACCCACCACGCCGUGCUCAACGGGCAGCACCCCGAGAGCCACCACCCGGGACUGGCUCACAACUACAUGGAACCAGCGCAGCUCCUACCUCCGGACGAAGUCGACGUCUUCUUCAACCACCUGGAUUCCCAGGGCAACCCUUACUACGCCAACUCUGCCCAUGCCCGGGCCCGGGUCUCUUACAGCCAGGCACACGCCCGCCUGACCGGGAGUCAAAUGUGCCGGCCUCAUCUUAUCCACAGCCCCGGGAUCCCUUGGCUGGACAGCAGCAAGGCGGCACUCUCUGCCCAUCACCACAACCCCUGGACCGUCAACCCCUUCACCAAGACCCCCCUGCACCCCUCAGCAGCCGGAGCACCCGGGGCCAUCUCAGUGUACCCCGGCAGCAGCACGUCCAGCACCGCCUCCGUCUCGUCGCUCACCCCGGCCUCUCACUCGGGCUCCCACCUCUUCGGUUUCCCCCCGACCCCUCCCAAGGAAGUGUCUCCGGACCCCAACUCCACCAGCGCUGCUUCCCCUUCGUCCUCCGCUGGGGCCCGACAGGAGGACAAAGACAGCAUCAAGUACCAAGUGUCGCUGUCAGAAGGGAUGAAGAUGGAGAGCGCCAGCCCGCUCCGCAGCAGCCUCACCAGCAUGGGGGCCCAGCCCUCCACUCAUCACCCCAUCCCCACAUACCCCUCCUACGUGCCGGCUGCCCACGACUACAGCAGCAGCCUCUUCCACCCGGGCAGCUUCCUGGGGGGCCCGGCGUCCAGCUUCACCCCCAAGCCACGAAGCAAGGCCAGAUCCUGUUCGGAAGGCAGAGAGUGUGUGAACUGUGGAGCAACCGCUACCCCUCUCUGGAGAAGAGACGGCACCGGGCAUUACCUGUGUAACGCCUGCGGGCUCUACCACAAAAUGAACGGUCAAAACCGACCUCUCAUUAAACCCAAACGAAGGCUGUCAGCGGCCAGGAGAGCAGGGACGUGUUGUGCCAACUGUCAGACAACCACCACGACCUUAUGGCGACGCAACGCCAACGGGGACCCGGUUUGUAAUGCCUGCGGACUCUACUAUAAACUGCACAAUGUGAACAGGCCUCUGACCAUGAAAAAGGAAGGAAUUCAGACCAGGAAUAGGAAAAUGUCCAACAAAUCAAAGAAAAGCAAGAAAGGCUCCGAGUGUUUUGAGGAACUGUCCAAGUGCAUGCAAGAGAAAUCGUCUCCUUUCAGCGCUGCUGCCCUUGCUAGUCACAUGGCACCUAUGGGGCAUUUGCCACCUUUCAGCCACUCUGGACACAUCCUACCAACACCUACCCCCAUCCACCCAUCUUCCAGCAUCUCAUUUGGACAUCCGCACCCAUCCAGCAUGGUUACAGCCAUGGGAUAAAACCUGACGACCAAGAGACCCACCCAGAGAUUGAGAACAUGGGGCUUUACCUAAGACGACACCAAGUAAGAAAAUGUUCUGCCAAGAGGAGAAUGUAGGGAUGGCAAAAAAGGGGAUCUGUGCUCCCGUGUGGUUUAACUCUUCAUGCUGGACUAAAGCCUUGCAAGAGAUGGGUCUUCUGCAGAAAUGUGUAGUGGUGCCUGUAAUGCACUUUGCCCCCUCAGGUAUAAGGAAAAGAAGAACUCACCUGGUCGAUAUUCAGUUGUCUAGCAGAAAGCAAAAGGUGGCAGAAGCAGAAAGAAGAGGCUGGAACUGGCUUUCCUUUCUCUCUUUGUUAUUACUGUGAAUAUUGUGAAGAGAUAUAAGCAGCCUCCCAGGAUGAAAUCGGCUCACUGGAAGCCACACAUGCUGGAUUUCUAUUGUGGACUCUGUUUGGGGAGGGGGAAGAAAAAAAAAAGAAAAAAAAGAAAAAAAAAAAGGAUGUCUUUAUAAAAACUUAAUUUUUAAAAUGAAAUCAGACAGAAAGUCAUAUUUAUUUUGCUCUUGUUUUCCACAAAAAGCCUCAACCCCUCUGAGUGCAUGUUUUUGUGCUGUUGGUUGCAAUGGCUACUACCCUGUAUGAAAAUCUGCCUUCGUAAAUAUGGGGAGGGACAAUAUUCAGUGGCCCUCCUGGAUUUGCUCCAUCUAUCUUCCAUACCAAAAUAUCCCCUAGGAAGGGAAGAAAGAGAGGGUGGGCAAAGCGAGAACUGUAGCCGCAGCAUGGGAUUUCAAAGCGCCCAAGACGAUGAUUAUUUUUGACACAAUUUCUUCUUUCAUGUUAGGGAAAAGAAUGACUUAUUUUAAAAAACAACAACAAAAAAACCCACACAACAGCCCCCCUCCCAGCUACCAUAUCAUUCCUUGAACCAGACAGCUCCAUCAGACUAACUGGUGGGAAGACGCUCCCGGAAGGCAGUCCUGCACUAGCGAGGGCUAAAAUACCAAAUCGCUGCAGCUAACAUGCAGCAAAACAACAGAAAAAAAUGGCAGGGCAUAAACCCAUCCAACUCACAGACUGCAGAGGUUGAAGCAUUUUGUUCUGUUGUGUUGGCAGCUGUUGCUUAAAAAAAUGCAGCUCAGCUCCUUGGGUAAACUUAGGGCAGCGCGGCAGCGGGUCCGCACACAGCAAGGCAGCGCGUGCUGUCUCAGGCAUCCAGCCCCCAUGGACUUCGCAGGGAGGAAGGGCAGAAAUGAGGUUGAGAUCACUGGAGAGGGGAAAGGGAGAGACAAUCAGUUUGAGCUUCACACAUCCGUCAAACCCCAGACGCAGCGACAGCUGAUGAGAUGAGGGAAAGCGCCGUACGGCCGCCUUCCGUAGUGCGUUUUGUAAGAAAAGAGGAAAAAAAAAGAGAAAAAGAAAAAAAACCUUAGAGCUCCCAUUAUUAAACCACGUUGUACGUAAAUGAUCGAAAACAAAGCUAUUGCCAAUGUGAAGUGUAUUCUAUUGAUUGUUAUGAUCUGAUGCCUCUCGUGAACACAAGCUCCAGUAUAACAUACAGUGUACAUAUUUAGCUAUACUUCUGAUGAAAAUGCCCCAAUGAGCAGAGGGGUUUGAUAAUGUAAACCAUGUAAGCUUAACUCUGUGACAAGCUUCUUUCUUUCUUUUUUUUUUUUUUUUUUUAACUUUUAACUUUUUUGUUGUUGAUGGGGUUGUUUUUUUUUUGUUUUGUUUUUUUUUAAUAUUUUGGAUCAAGCCAAUUGUAUCUUUACUGCAACAGUCCUGCUUUAAAGAAAGAAAAAACACAACAAAACAAAUAAAAACAGAUGUAUGUUAAUUUUCUUUUUCUAACCAUGUAAUUCGAAAAUUUGGUAAUGAAUUAAGAACCAGGCAGACAUGGAAAAUCCUGCUUGCAUCCUUUUCCUGGUCUGCGUAGGCAUAUAGGUGCACUUUGUAAAGAAGUGGAAACGAACGGGAAAACAAAAGCAGUUGGGAGAAAUCACAAACCUUCUUAAUCUACUGAGGGAAAAAAAGAAUCGGAUCCUUUUUACUUUCUACCUUUUACAAUGGUACAGUUGUACAUUAUUUGUACCCGACUCAAAUUUCGGUAGGAUUUGUGCAGGGGGUGGGGAAGGGACGUGGGUGGAAGACAGGGAUUACUGAUACAGUUGACAAAGUGCAAUAUAUUGUCGGUCACUGCAGCAUAGACAAUGGCAGUUGAGAUUUAAAUUAUUUUGUACUUGUAUCAGCAUAUUAAAAAAAAAAAAUCUGCAGUAUUUUCUGUUUUUAUUUUAAUUUUUUUAUUUUGCUUAUUUUUGGAUUAGUGAACUAAGUUAUUGUUAAUUAUGUACAACAUGUUUAUAUAUUGUCUGUAAAAAGCGUAUGCUUUCCUCAUAUUCCUUCAAGGUGAAUAUUGCUAAGAAUAAUAAAAUACCUUUUUU